AUGGAUCUCGUCAACCACCUGUCUGACCGCCUCCUCUUUGCGGUGCCCAAGAAGGGCCGCCUCCAAGCCGCAACCCUGGACCUUCUCUCCGGAUCUGAUAUUCAAUUCCGCCGCGAAACACGUCUAGACAUCGCUCUGGUGAAGAAUCACCCCAUCGCUCUCAUCUUCCUGCCCGCUGCCGAUAUCCCCACCUUCGUAGGCGAAGGUCGUGUCGACCUGGGGAUCACCGGCGUGGACCAAGUUGCUGAGCACGACGCGCACCUCCCUCUCGGCGAGGUCUCUGGCGUUGAGCAGGUGAUGGAUCUCGGCUUCGGCAAAUGCAAAUUGCAGGUUCAAAUCCCUGAGAAAGGCAGCCUACAGAACGUCCAGGACCUCGUUGGCAAGAACAUUGUCACCUCUUUCACCGGCCUAGCAGAAGACUACUUCGCACGCUUGGAGGGCAAAGGUAGCCGCAAGGAGUCCAUCAACGGCGCCGCCUCGCCCAUCCCCAAACUCCAAACCAAGAUCAAAUUCGUCGGCGGAAGCGUCGAAGCUGCCUGUGCGCUCGGAGUCGCCGAUGGUAUCGUCGACCUGGUCGAGUCCGGCGAAACAAUGCGCGCCGCGGGCCUCAAGGCCAUCGACACCGUCGUUGAAUCCUCCGCCGUACUCAUCAAAUCCCGCAAGGUCUCCAACGAGAAGCUCGUCAACAUGAUUGCGGCCCGCAUACGCGGUGUGAUAACAGCGCAGCGCUACGUGCUGUGUCAGUAUAAUAUUCCCCGCUCGAAACUGCAAGAGGCUAGCAAGAUCACUCCAGGCAAGCGGGCGCCCACGGUGAACGCGCUGGAAGAGGAUGGCUGGGUGGCUGUCAGCAGCAUGGUAGAACGCAAAGUGAUUGCGACGGCGAUGGACGAGUUAGCUGGAGUGGGGGCCACCGACAUCCUAGUGCUCGAGAUUGCGAAUUCGAGGGCGGGUUGA